AACACUCUCUAACCUCUUCAGAAUCAUCCAAUCCAAGUGUCGGCUGUUUCCUGUUUGGACACAAACCAAGAAAUCACUGCUGACCAAUAACUCACCCACCACCAAAUUUCAAAUUCAAUUCAAUUCAAUUCAAUGCUUCUUCCCUUUCUCCCACAUUCAUGCAUUAACUCGCCCCCCUCUUUUAUUUCUGCACCGCCCUCUUUGCUGCACUCCCCAUUUUCUUCACCUUCACUGCCCCUCAGCCUUGUUUCCAUCAUUUCUCCGUCGUCUCCGGGCAGAUUGGCAAAUGGAUGGUGACAGAAAGCUCUUUACAUUGGCUGAAGUCUCUCAGCACAAUAACCGCAAGGACUGUUGGUUGAUCAUCAAUGGCAAGGUUUACAAUGUAACCGAAUUCUUGGAAGACCAUCCGGGUGGUGACGAGGUGUUGUUGUCUGGCACUGGUAAGGAUGCAACUGAUGAUUUUGAAGAUGUGGGUCAUAGUGAGAGUGCAAGAGAAAUGAUGAGCAAAUACUCUGUUGGAGAGAUCGAUAUCUCGACGAUCCCAGAACGGUCAACAUACACAACUUCAAAGCAGCCUCAUUACAAUCAAGAUAAGACAACCGAGUUCAUCAUCAAACUCCUCCAGUUCUUGGUUCCUCUUGCAAUCUUAGGUUUGGCGGUCGGUAUCCGCUUUUACAGCAAAUCAACCUGAGGUUCUGGUUGAGACAUUAGGUGGUUUAGUCUUAUGAUCAAUUACCAACUGCUGCAUUGUGUUUGUGAUACUUAGAAUUUUUCUAGUUUGAUGCUCUACUUUUUCUUCAUUUUUUUCCUUCCGUCUUUUAAAUUCUAGUUCUGUUAUCUGACUGGUAAAGUAAAUGUUAUUUUAGUUAAAUAAAAAGAGUUGUUUGUAAU